AUGAUCAGCCCUGCGGAUUCGGAGCAAGCAGAAAAAGAACAGAAGUGGCUUUGGACAUGGAAUCAGCAGAGACUGAAAGAGAAGCUUCAUGGACGCAAGGCAACAAACCCCUGGGUGUUGGAUGCCUCCGGACGACCAUAUUGUCUCAGAAGCCACGAAACAUGCAGGGCCAGGCUUCUUUCCAGCAAGUCUUUGCCGAGUAUGGCAGUGACACACUAUGCCACCGAGAAUCGACGAGCUUUCCAACUGGAAACCAGCGUCUUGGGAUCAAAGUACACACCCACGAAACCGCGCUUCAACAAGAGAUAG